CUUUUCGUAUUACCAUUAUAAAUAGUCCGACUGUCAAAUUAACUAAGAAAAAACACUUAAACUCUGAAUUUAACUUUUUGAAAAUAUAGCUCGCCGCUAGUUCAGUACAGUACAGUCGGUAUGAAGAUAUUGAGAAGAUAGCCGGUGAGCUAGCACUAACCUAUCCGUCUGUGUGUGCUGGUUUGGUGAAGAACGUUUGCUUUAUAUCAGUCAUUCUGUAAACGUUAUUCUUUAUAUAUGCCAAACACCUGGCUCUGUACCAGCAACAAUGCCUAUCAAGCUGACCACUCAGGCUUACUGCAAGAUGUUACUGCACGCAGCUAAAUACCCUCACUGCGCGGUGAAUGGACUGCUGGUGGCUGAAAAGCAGAAAGACAAGAAGAAAGAGGGACACAGUAACCAGAUCCUCUGUGUGGACUGUGUGCCCCUCUUUCAUGGUACACUAGCCCUGGCACCCAUGUUAGAGGUGGCACUGACACUGAUUGAUACUUGGUGUAAAGAAAACAAAUAUGUCAUAGCUGGUUACUAUCAUGCCAAUGAACGCAUAAAGGACACAAGGCCGAAUCAAGUAGCUGAAAAGGUCGCUGCAAGAAUUUUAGAAAACUUCAGUGAAGCCGGCUUGAUAAUUGUGGAUAACAGCAGAUUUACCAUGGGGUGCUUUACACCGGCCCUUUGCAUCUACGAUCACCUUGACAAUAAGUGGAAGUGCAGAGACCCAAACAUAGACUCAUUUGAAGACUGGAAGGAGGCUCAGAAGAUUGCAUCAGCUCUGCUUGAGAACAGGUCCUAUGAAAACCUCGUAGACUUUGACAACCACCUGGAUGAUCUCAGGAACGACUGGACGAACCCUGAAAUCAACAAAUCCGUCCUGCAUCUAUGCUGAAGCUGUCCGAGUUUCACCUGACCAAGCCAUCAAAGCCACAAUGGGUUUAUAUUGUUACUGUAUGCAGUCCCAGAGAAAAGCUUCUUUUACUGGGAACAACUUCCAGAGAUAAAAUCAUUUCUUAAACAGGUUAUUAGAACAUCACAUGCUAUAAAGGUUUUAAGUCAUUUUGACCUUUCUAGCACAGAAGUCAUUUUUCUUAACCUGUUUACUGUCAAGAUGUCAAGAAUUUGUAUGCAUUCAGUCAGCAUUCAUCACAUCAUGUUGCAGAAGCUGCUUGGAAACAUGUUGAUUUAUAGUAUGCCCAGAUUAAAAACAGCAUUUUGACUUGAGAAUUAUGAUUUCAGCAACUAAACCGUUUGGUUGUCGGCCAGUUGUUUAUUUAUAAGCAAGCCCAUCACUUAUAUUUAAAUACUGGAAUAGGGCUUUUUGCUUAGAAAGUAUUUUUAAGUGACAACACACAAUGUUUUAUUUCACAUAACAAGCAAAGAUUUCAUUACUUUAAGUUAUUGUAGAAUUUAUAGAAUUAAUAAGUAGUCCCUUAGAGGCAAUGCCAGUGAUUAAAAAAAAAAAAACGUUAAUAUAAUCAUUUUAAUAUGUAAAAUUUGAAGUAAUUAUAUAAAAAUUAUAUGAGGAUUUUAAAAAUGGUUUUACAAUGCCAUAGUGUAGUAAUAUUCUUUAAUGACUAAGAGGAGCGCCAUGUAAUUUCUUUAUAUUAAUUUAGUUUAAAAUCAUGAUUAAAAUAAGCUUUUGUAAAACUAAAUUUAAGAAUAAACUGUUUUUAAGAACUACUGAUUAGCUUUUUUACUUGCAUUUCCUUGGUUAAAAUAUAGACCUCAAUUUCAGAAAUGUAACUGUCACAGGCCAAUAAAAACAGAAAACCUACCUGUAUUAAAUUAAAA